ACUCGCUCUAUUGAGCGAGACAACAAGCGAACCAUUAAUAAGCAGGCACAAUCACGGCAUAACAAUAAAUGCUUUGUUUUUCCAAGCCCUGCUACGAGCGUAGUAAAGUUUGGAUUGUACGAGCGAGUAGGAGGAUAGUUGCGUCACCAGGCAGAGACACCAGCACCUAUCCCACUCACACACCGCUCAAACGGCAGCCCGGGAGAUCAGCUGACAACGGCGGCAGAGGCUGAGGCAGUGGCAGUGGAAGUGGAAAUCAAAUUGGCAUCAGCAUUCAGUAUUAGGUGAAACUGCAGCUCCAACAUAUAAAACAUGGCAUCCACCUCAUCUGGCACACUGGAGGGCACGCUGAGCAAAUGGACAAACGUAAUGAAAGGAUGGCAAUAUCGCUUCUUCGUUUUGGACGAGAAUGCGGGCCUGCUCUCCUACUAUACGUCCAAGGAGAAAAUGAUGAAGGGCGUGCGUCGCGGUUGCGUUAGGCUCAAGGAUGCCCUCAUUGGCAUCGAUGAUCAGGAGGAUAAUACAUUUACCAUAACUGUCGAUCACAAGACCUUCCAUUUUCAGGCGCGGCACGCCGACGAGCGUGAGCAGUGGGUGCGACGUCUGGAGGACACAAUACGACGGCACGCGAAUCGUUCGCGUCUGUGGGACAGCCAGAGCGCCUUCUACAUUGCCGGCGGCUACACGAAGGAGUCGAGUGGCAAACGGGCCAAUCACUUGGAGCUGGUCGGUCGCCGCGUCGCCGAAGCGGAUGCCUACCUGCAGUUGAUGAUAGAGCAAACCAAUUCGCUGAACAAACGCAUCGCUGAGCUGAACGACGCCACGGAGCAGGCCAAGUGCAAGGCGCUACAGGAUAACGCAAGUGCCAUGUUGGAUCAUAUCAAACACUCAAUUGUUAGUCUACAAAUUGCCAAAAAUAUGGCGCACCCCGUCAAUGGCAUUUACAAUGGCCCCACAGUUGCAAAAAACACGGCGGGCAUUAUGAUGGCAUCGUCGGGCAGCGGCGGCGGCGGUGGAGGUGACGGCGGCGGCGGCGGCAGCAGCAGCAGCGGUGGCAGCGGUGGCAGCGGCAUCGGCGACAAGCCAAACGAGGCCCAUUUGUCGCUCAAGAACGAGCUGGCCGGCGACGAUGAGGAUGAUUCAGCAACGGAAAACGCGACCACAGCGCCUUUGGGACUGGUCGUGCCUGAGACCUCGUAUUCGAGCAGUGAAGGUGAAGAAGACUUUUACGAUGCCUACGAUGAUCCGUUCACUAGCCUGGGCAACUCACCAAUUGGCUGCACCACUACGCGUGGCUUUGUGGAGACGUCGCCCACGCACGAUAAACCGCAGGACAGCUAUGGUGGUGGCGUCGAUGUAGCCGGAACAACAGCGCCAAAACCCAGCUCGUCAGCUACAGCAAUAAAAACAAAGACAGUAGCCGAAGUAGAUGAGACCGGUUCGAGCAAAGUGCCCAGCUCUCGGUCAUCGAGCUAUGACAAUGGCAUCGACUAUGAUGCUCUGUACGAGGAGGAGGAGGAGAUGGACCUCAGCAUGGAGGCGCACGGCUCAAUGAUAACGCAUCUGUUGUCCCAGGUGAAGAUUGGCAUGGAUCUCACGAAGGUGGUGCUGCCAACAUUCAUUUUGGAGCGUCGUUCUUUACUCGAAAUGUAUGCCGACUAUUUUGCCCAUCCCGAUUUGUUUCUCAAAAUCUCGGAACUGGAUGACCCACGUGAUCGCAUUGUCCAGGUUUGCCGUUGGUAUUUGAGCGCUUAUCAUGCGGGCCGUAAGAGCGCGGUGGCCAAAAAGCCCUAUAACCCCAUACUGGGCGAAGUAUUUCAGUGCCAUUGGGAUAUUCCAGGUGAAACCCAAAAUGAACCGGAAGUGAAGGAUGGUCCUGUGCCUUGGUGUCGACGGGAUCAGCUAACUUUCUUAGCCGAGCAGGUGUCUCAUCAUCCGCCAAUUUCAGCCUUUUAUGCCGAGCAUUAUAAUAAGAAGAUAACAUUUACUGCUCACGUCUGGACAAAAUCAAAAUUUCUGGGCCUAUCCAUUGGGGUGCACAAUAUCGGUGAGGGUGUCGUUACCCUGGUGGAUCGCAGCGAGGAGUACAUUGUAACGUUCCCCAAUGGUUAUGGCAGGUCUAUUUUAACUGUGCCUUGGAUUGAGCUGGGCGGCUCAGUUGAAAUCAAAUGCCCACAAACGGGCUACUAUGCCAAUGUAGAAUUUCUUACAAAGCCCUUCUAUGGCGGCAAGCGUAACAAAGUUACCGCCGAGAUAUAUUCGCCCAAUGACAAAAAGCCAUUUGUUUCGAUUGCUGGCGAGUGGAGUGGCCUAAUGGAGGCCAAGUGGCACGAUAAGAAUAAAACUGAAGUAUUCGUCGACGUAAAUCGCAUACCCAUAUUUAAGAAACAAGUUCGACCAAUCGUUGAGCAGGAUGAAUAUGAAUCGCGACGUGUUUGGAAGGAAGUGACUGCGGGACUCAAAUUCAAUGACAUCGAGCGCGCGACAAACGCCAAAUUCGUCGUGGAGCAGCAGCAGCGCGAUCAAGCAAAGGUUCGCAAGGAAUACGACUUGGCUUGGGAACACAAACACUUUAAGCCUGUGGGCGAUAACUGGAUAUAUACAAAGCCGCUGAGUCAGCGGAUGUAUUUGCAGGAAAAGGAGGCCAAAAGAUAAUGCACGAAUGCGCAGCAGCUGAAGCAAAACGUAGCAAAGGCCAACAGCAAUGUUUAUACACAUACACACACAUAUAUCAGUAUAUAUAUAUAUAUAUAUAUGUAUAGAUAUAUGUGAUUCAUAUCAAGUUUAAGAAGCCUCGACUAUUGUAUAAUUUCCACAAGUGCGCAAAUCCCAGACACAAAAACACUGACGAUGAUACAACGUAACAUAUGCAGGAAACUUAAUGUUUUACAGUAUAAUGAACUAUGAGAUAUGUGCUAAGCGUUAGGCGUUAAGCGAUAAGAAACAACCAUCUAGUGUCCGUUUAAUGAUUGUAAAUAGUUUAUACAUACCUACAUACAAAACACUUCGAAAGUGAGGAAGCAAACGCCAAGUUUAAGUAGACGGUUAACGGAACAACAAACAAUAUUUGAACGACACAACGUACGAUGUUUAUUUAGGUGCAUACAAUGGUUGAAAUUUAAUGAAUCUAAUAUAAACUGCAAUAACUAAUUAAUUAUACAGAGCAAACACUUUAAUAGAAUAGUCUCUAUGCAAAAAAAAAAAAAA